AUAUCUUGCGAAAUCCAUAAAGCAGACCUCUCUCAGUGCUCCUUCAAAUCAUUAGUCUCGUCUUCUUCGUCUUUACCUUUUUGCUUUUUCUUCAUUCUCUUCUGAAACAGUAUGGAUCUAAUCCCGGAUCUCCCAAACGAUAUAGUUCGUGACUGCUUGAUUCGCCUUCCUUACAAACAGUUCCCGGCGAUCUCAUCCGUUUGCAAAGGCUGGAGACUUGAGCUUCAGCUCCCAGAAUUUUUCCGACGCAGAAAAGCUACUUCUCAUAGCCAAAACCUCUUCGUUAUGUCCCAAGCCCGAGUCGACCCGAACAGGAAACCGGGUGCCGCUAAACGGUACACUACGCCGGUUUAUCGGGUCACGGUUCUGGAGCCCGAGACGGGAGAGUGGUGCGAGUUGCCUCCGGCUCCCGGGUUGUCUAACGGGUUUCCUUUGUUUUGCCAGUUUGCGGCUGUCGGGUUGGAUGUCGUGGUGAUGGGCGGGUUGGACCCGGAGACUUGGGAGACUAGUAACUCCGUUUUUAUUUUCAACUUCGCGUCAGCCAAAUGGCGACGUGGGGCCGACAUGCCAGGUGUACGGCGGUUGUUGUUCGGUUGCGCGUCGGAUCUGGAUGGGACGGUGUACGUAGCGGGCGGACACGACGGUGAUAAAAACGCGUUGAGAUCGGCGAUGAAGUAUGACGUGGCGGAGGAUCGGUGGAGUUUUUUGCCUGACAUGGCAAGGGAGCGGGACGAGUGCAAAGCGAUUUUCCAGCGUGGCAAGUUACAAGUGAUCGGCGGGUACCGUACGGAUCGGCAAGGGCAGUUCGAAGGAGAUGCUGAAGCAUUUGAUGUGUCCACGUGGCAGUGGGACGCAGUGCAUGACACGUUCUUAAAAGCCGGAACGUGUCCGAGGAGUUGCGUGGGAAGUGGUGAGGAGUUGUACAUGUGUUGUGGGGAUGACGUGGUGAGUCAGAAAGGUUCCACGUGGCAGAGUGUUGGCAAGGUGCCUGCUGAGGUGUGCAAUGUUGCUUACGUGGAGAGUUGGAAAGAAGAUAAGGUUGUGGUAAUUGGGUGUGCAAGAUUUGGGGAAGGGCACAAGACGUUUGUGUUUGAUUUGAAGAGUUUGAGGUGGACAGAAGUGAAGGAAGAUGAUGAGUUUAGCGGACAUGUUCAAGCGGGAUGUCACAUGGAGAUUUAAAUUUAAAACUUUGAGUGAAAAUUGUAUUACAAGUUUUGAUGGGUUCUUUUUGCUUGUUAAAUAAACUUUGUUUUUGGCAUAAUUAGAACAAA